AGCUUUCCCAACCAAAAGGCAAACGGGUUAUUUAGGGGUCAGCUCUGUGUGCCAGGUUGCCUGGCAGGCUCGGCCUUAUCUGAGAAAUUGUCCACAUUUUCAGUCACUCAUCCUGCAAAUGUGUUAGUCAGUCCCGGCAUACUACUCUAGUAGUGUGACCAGACCCAGAGAAACAGAGGACGUUCGACUGCUGCAAGAAUAUCUUUAUCUGCUGGACCAGCGCAGCAUAGCAAUGGGACGACGACUGCAUCCGCCUUGUACCCUCCCAAUAUCAGAGAAAUAAUAACACUUGGUUGCCGGCGGUAGCUCGGCUGCAGCAGUUCUGCAUGGAACUUAGCGACGAUGUUAGAUUGGAGGUGGCCAGGAAUGUCGUCCAGACGAGCCUAGAAAACAUUCGCAAGUGUCUGAGUACGGAUGGCACCCUCCUGGCAUUUGCCAAGCAGGAGGGACUCCUUGGUGAAGAGGAUGAUUCGCGUGUCAGGAAUUGCGAUUCCUUUUCUGAGAAGGCGGAGAAGUUUAUGGAGAUAGUGAAGCGUUGCGGCGGCAGUCAUUUCCUGGAUCUUCUCAUAGACGGCUUACGGGAUCAUUCAGAAACGAAAGGCAACCAGGAGCUGGCUGUUGCCCUGGAUGAAAAGUAUCAAGCACAACUAGAAAUACGGCGCCAGGGAGUGAGUCCUUACACCAGGAUGCUCAACAAGCAGCAGAAUUCAGGGGAUGCUGGUCUAACGAUCCAUACAGCGCCAUUGGGUACAGCACACGGCACGCCAUUGACAGCUAGCGCAAAACCUCUUACCGCUCCGGCCGCAGCUCGAGACACUAAGAGACCGGUGUCCAACGAUCAGCUGUGCAAUGCCAUUAGCACUGUCAAGCAGGCAGCCAGACUUGCAGCACUGGAGCCGGCCAGGGUCGAGGACUGGGAAAGGGCGCUGUGGAAGUUGCAAAAAAUCUGCACCUCCGUGGACUACCUUGCCAGCGAGACCCACAUAAACUUCUACGAGUCAUUCUGUCCACCGAUGACAUUCCACAGCACAGUUGAUGAUGUGCUUCCUAGCCCAGAAAAAGAGUUCAGUAUAAAGCUGGUCACGUCACUGACUGCAUUGCUAAGAGCAGUGAAGCCACCAAUGUUACAAGUGCCAUGUGUAACUGGAUCGCAGAUGAUUCAAAAGCUGUACGAUGAGCUGCUGGAAAUACAGGAGGCCUUGCUACUUCACAGGCUUAGCGAAGUUAGUGCGGGUGAUUGUACUAAUGACUUCAGCAGUGGAGAAUGCAGUGACGCUGAGAACGGCAGUGACGGUCCCACAACACGUCCGGUAGCGUGCACAAACAGUAGCAGCGAUUUACAAGUGCCACCGGAUGUAGAAAUGCAGCAUGAUGGAAGCAGCGAAUCCCAGAAACCCGUCUUGCAACCUCACAGCAACCUGCCGGCUGCAAUCUCGCUCGAUACACCCACUCGCCCAGACAGAUUAUUAGACUCGGCGACCAAUAAUGACGGUCUGUCUGAUCAGAGUGUUGAUGUCAAGAAGGAUGAAGAUAUUAAGAGUGCCCCUGAGCAAGAUGUAGCUACACCGGAGCCAUAUAUGCCAAGUGAUUUCCGUGACAAGCGUGCAAAGCAGCCAGCAAAUAUGAGUGCAAUGACAGGAAAGGGGCGCAAGGAAGACUCCGCAGGUCCACCGCACAGGGUGGCGGCUGAUAGUACCUCGGAACUGAAUAGAGACAACAUGUCGAAUAUCGCUGCUGGUGGUGGUGCUACUGCUAUUGCUCACAGCACAGCCAAUGGCCCGGUAGCCGCUGUAAAUGUAUGUAGCGGGACCAGCUCUGGAGCAUGCACCCGGUGUGGGCUUGCGAGAGGUGCUCACGAUUGCGCAGGCUGGAACAACAUUCCCAAUGUUGCUACAGAACCAGCAGCAGCGCUUGCCAACUUGUCCAGCGCAGCACCGGGCACGCAACCUGGCGGUGGUGGGACAUUGCAGCCCCCAGUGGAGCCUGGUCCUGCGACAUUGCAGCACCCAGUGGAGUCUGGCCCCGCUACAUUGCAGCACCCAGUGGAGUCUGGCCCCGCUACAUUGCAGCCCCCAGUGGAGUCUGGCCCCGCUUCAUUGCAGCCCCCAGUGGAGCAUGGCCCCACUACAUUGCAGCCCCCAGUGGAGUCUGGCCCCGCUUCAUUGCAGCCCCCAGUGGAGCCUGGCCCCUCUACAUUGCAGCCCCCAGUGGAGUCUGGCCCCGCUACAUUGCAGCCCCCAGUUGAGUCUGGCCCCGCUACGUUGCAGCCCCCAGUGGAGCCUGGCCGUGCGACAUUGCGGCACCCAGUGGAGCCUGGCCCCGCGACAUCGCAACCCCCAUCGGAGCCUGGCCCCGCGACUGCGUCCACCCCUACCGUGUACCCGACCUCGCUAGAAUCCGCUCCACCUGUAGCACAACAAGCACCGGUACCUACACUUACACCUGCACCACCUGCACUUAAGGAUGACUGUGCUGUUCAGAUGGAAAGCAACACAGCCACUCCCGGCGAGGCUGUCGUGGUGCAUAGCGUGAACACGUUGAAAGUAGAUCCCCAUGACUCGGGUGUGGAGUGCACACCGCAUGUCAACAAUCCAGAGCGCGCUGGUGAUGAUGAUCAAGCCGGCGUGGAUAUGCAUCCUAAACUGCAUGGGCAGGGAUCACUCGACACCCCUGGCAUGUACGGCAACACACCUACGUUGACACCUACACGAUCCAACAGUGUGGAUCCACUGUCGUUGGUGAAUGCAGCACCGAACAUGACGGCUCCCGCCAGGAUAGCGGAGGCAAUUCCAGAAACGGAGACAGACGCAGGAGCCGAUGUAGUGUGGACCAAGUGCCAUAGGCCUGCCUUUACUGACGUGAUGGCACUACUACAUCACCAAGACCCUCAACACGUAGCAUUGCCAGAUGACGACUUCAAUGCACAACCUUACACUGAAGGCCGACAAGCCACGGCUUCCGAGGCCGAUUCACAAAGCGAUGACCGCAUCCCUGCAACCGCCAGCGGGAUGGUCUAUAUCAGCUUUUACCUGGGAAGAGACUGGCCCAGAGAGCGCACUCCGUACAUAAAGUGCUUGUCUGACCAAGGUGUCGACGUAAUCCAGAUGGAGAGUGUAAGCGUGGAAGAGGACUCGCAGGACAGCAGCAAAGACCAUUUCUAUGCCGUUGUACCUAGCAUCCAUGUCCUUGCACAUAUCCUGGCCAACGAAACCGAAGAACCGGGUUUCUGGUUCAGGAACGAGCGCGUGCCACUGAUGGUGGAGCGCCGCCGAGUUCACUACCUCAUCAUAAACAAGUGCAUCAAGAACGUCAGCGCGACAAAGGUCAGCCAGGUUCUCAAGCGACACGGUGAAGUGAUUGGCCGGCCAUGGCGUGAGAAGGCCAGGGACAGCUACAACAUGCCCACCGGACGCUAUCAAGCACACAUCCUACUCCACGCCAGGUCGUCACUGAACACGCGGCCGGAGACGCGCGACAUGGUGGUAAGGGUGGGCUGGCAAGAGCUGUGCACCAUGCCAAUAGAGACAGACUAGCCAGUGAAGAGCUAUGUACCAUGCCGAUAUAGACCAGCCGCUGCCUCUCCUCGCCACUGAACAAGCGGCCGGAGACGCGCAACAUGGUGGUCAGGGUGGGCUGGCAAGAGCUAAGUACCAUGCCGAUAUAGACCAGCCGGUGAAGACUCGGCUGUGAGUACACGGCAGCACACCAGUAGCUGUGCCAUGCCAAUACAGACCGACUAGCCAGUGAAGAGUUAGGAGGACUCGGCACGCCAGUAGCUACACAGAUUUGCCCUGGCGGUCUAGAACUCAUUCGGGAGCAGUUUAUAUCGAGCUCACAUGAGAAAAUGCAAGGGCCUGGCUCACCCAACCCGGUGGGUAGCAACAGCUACACAGCCAUAUGCUUCACAUACCGGUAGUCAUCUAUAGUACAGUGCAAAACGUUUCAGCAUUGCUCGCUGAGUUGGAGGUAGCCAUUGGGUUGUGAGCUAGAAUUAAUUAAGGAAUCUAUUUCCAUACUUCCAGCCUUACCAGCCCCUCCCCCCCCCCCCCUGACUUGAUCUUGCUAUGAAAACUGUUGAGACUCCAUUUUCACAAAGUUUAACAUGAGAAUUUGGCGCUUGAGAGAUUAUUUUGACACAGAUUUGGUGCACCAUCUUGCAUGAACUUCUUUUCCGAUGUUUUGCAGUCGUCUAACAAAGAUUCAACCAAAUCUGAAUUAAUCCCGUUGUCAAAUAAACCACCGUUUGUUUCUCCAAGAGGCAUAUUGAUUAAUUAAGCGCCACCGCUUACUUAGUCAUUUAGCAGGCAGUAGGCUGGUCUAAGACUCUGAUUUUAAAACUGAGAAGGAUUGCAAUCAAGUCCUGCUUGGAAGCGGGUGAAUUUUCCAA